CCCGGACGGGGACGAGCGGCCGCGGCGCUGGGCGAGCCCGAAAGGCGAAGCAGUGCCAUGCUGCCUUUGUGCAAAGUUGGGCGGCGGGCGGCACGCGGCGAACAGGGGUCCCGCACACCCGCGACCGCGCGCAGUCGUGGCUGCUGCUGAGUGGCGGGGACCCCCCCGCUCCCCCCAACCCUUGAAGGCGGAGAGAGCUCGCGUCUCGCUCGGCUUCAGGGUAAGUCCAGCUGUGAGCAGGGUGUUCUGUUCUUCACUUCCAGAAAGCCAGAGUUUUAUAAAUGGACACUGACAUGGACUACGAAAGACCCAACGUUGAAACCAUCAAGUGUGUGGUCGUGGGAGACAAUGCUGUGGGGAAGACGCGCUUGAUCUGUGCCAGGGCGUGCAACACGACGCUGACGCAGUAUCAGCUGCUGGCCACCCACGUGCCUACCGUGUGGGCGAUUGACCAGUACCGAGUGUGCCAGGAGGUCCUGGAGCGUUCCCGGGACGUUGUGGAUGAAGUGAGCGUUUCUCUCAGGCUUUGGGAUACUUUUGGCGAUCAUCACAAAGACAGGCGUUUUGCAUAUGGCAGGUCUGAUGUUGUGGUCCUCUGUUUUUCGAUCGCUAAUCCCAAUUCCCUAAAUCAUGUGAAAACCAUGUGGUAUCAAGAAAUCAAGCACUUUUGCCCCCGCACACCUGUUGUUCUGGUUGGCUGCCAGCUAGACCUCCGCUAUGCUGAUCUUGAAGCUGUUAAUCGAGCCAGACGCCCUUUAGCGAGGCCCAUAAAGAGAGGGGAUAUUCUGCCCCCCGAAAAAGGCCGAGAGGUUGCGAAGGAACUCGGCAUACCGUACUAUGAGACAAGCGUCUUUGACCAGUUCGGCAUCAAGGACGUGUUUGACAAUGCAAUCCGAGCAGCGCUGAUUUCUCGUAGACACCUGCAGUUCUGGAAAUCCCACCUAAAGAAAGUUCAGAAACCUUUACUUCAGGCACCAUUCCUACCUCCAAAAGCCCCUCCACCAGUCAUCAAAGUUCCAGAAUGUCCCUCCAUGGGGACGAGCGAAGCUGCCUGUUUACUGGACAAUCCCCUGUGUGCCGACGUCCUGUUUGUCCUUCAGGACCAGGAGCACAUCUUUGCACAUCGAAUUUACCUCGCUACCUCCUCUUCCAAAUUUUAUGAUCUUUUUUUAAUGGAAUGUGAAGAAACCCCAAAUGGGAGUGAAGGAGCUGGUGAGAAAGAGAAGCAGAACAGGGAUUUCCAGGGGCAGGCGUGGAGCCUUGACCCAGAUGAGGAGAGGGGGGAAGGCCCCCCAAGGACCCCUCAGACCAAUCAGUGGAAGUCCUCGAGCCAAAACCUGUCCCAGCAGGAGGGUCCGGGGCUGGAAGCCGAGAGCUCGAUUCCAGAGAUGCAGACUUUGUCAGGCUGGAGCAAGGGGUUCGUGGGCAUGCACAAGGAGAUGCAAGUCAAUCCCGUUUCAAAGCGGGUGGGCCCCGUCACCGUGGUCAGGAUGGACUCCUCCGUCCAGCCAGGCCCUUUCCGGACCCUGCUCCAGUUCCUGUACACAGGACAACUGAAUGAAAAGGAGAAGGACUUGGUGGGCCUGGCCCAGAUUGCAGAGGUUCUGGAGAUGUUUGACUUGAGGAUGAUGGUGGAAAACAUCAUGAACAAGGAAGCCUUCAUGAACCAGGAGAUUACAAAAGCUUUUCAUGUCAGGAAGGCCAAUCGGAUAAAAGAGUGUCUCAGCAAAGGGACAUUCUCAGAUGUGAUGUUUAGGUUGGAUGAUGGAGCCAUCAGCGCCCACAAACCGUUGCUGAUCUGUAGCUGCAGGUGGAUGGCCGCCAUGUUUGGGGGCUCGUUUGUGGAAAGCGCCAACAGUGAGGUAUAUCUCCCGAACAUAAACAAGAUGUCAAUGCAAGCGGUAUUGGAUUAUCUUUAUACCAAGCAGUUGUCACCUAACUUGGACCUGGACCCACUGGAAUUAAUUGCCUUGGCAAACAGAUUUUGCCUACCACACUUGGUUGCACUUGCAGAGCAGUAUGCUGUCCAGGAGCUGACCAAGGCCGCGAUGAGUGGCGUGGGCAUUGACGGGGAAGUGCUCUCGUAUUUGGAAUUGGCCCAGUUCCACAAUGCCCACCAGUUGGCCGCCUGGUGUUUGCACCACAUCUGCACCAACUACAACAGCGUGUGUUCCAAGUUCCGCAAGGAGAUCAAAUCGAAAUCCGCAGACAACCAGGAAUAUUUUGAGCGGCACCGCUGGCCCCCCGUGUGGUAUCUGAAGGAAGAAGACCACUACCAGCGUGUGAAAAGGGAACGCGAGAAGGAAGAUAUUGCACUAAAUAAACAUCACUCAAGACGAAAGUGGUGCUUCUGGAAUUCAUCUCCAGCAGUUGCCUGAGGGGGAAGAGACAAAAAUCAGUCAUCUGACACACCACUUUUAAAAGCACUACUGUAAAAUUAGUCUUAUUAUUAGAGAUAAGUCGUAGUUCAGGUUUCAGGCACUGAUCUUCCUCCACUGUUGUGCAUUUAUCUUUGUCGGGAUCAAAGCACAAGCUCCCCAUCCAUGAGCCUGGACAAAAAAGGGAAGUCAAUGCUCACUGCAUUCCUUAAACUUAUAUGUAUAUUUUUUGUUAGAAGGCUUAAUAAACUUUAGUCCGUUA